GAUUUUAGUGUCAAGCGCUCGUCCAAAGGCAAGAUUCCAUGGAUGAAAUACGAAGGAGAGGCCGUGGCUGUCUCUCAGUUCUGCGUGGAGUAUCUGAACCGGAAGUUGAACAUUGAUCUUAACAGUCACCUGACCGAGGAACAACGGGCUGUUGCGCAUGCCUUUCGAAAGAUGGCGGAAGAAAACCUAUUCUGGUGUAUGGGCCUGUCCCGGGCUGAGAACCUGGACUACGUGAAGAAACACAUCAAGUUGAACAAACUGGUAAUCUGGAUCGGAACAAGAAUUUAUCUGAGUAAUACGAAAGCUCACGGAAUCGGCCGACACACCCAUGAGGAAGUGUUGCACAUUAUGGAGGAUGAUCUGAGAUCAUUAUCAGUCUACCUUGGGACAAAGAAAUUCUUUUUCGGCGAUCAACCAUGUGAGACAGAUGCUGCUUUGUUUGGACUGUUGUGUCAGUUUUGCUGGCAGUGUCCAGGAAGCAAAGGGGAACAACUCGUGAACGACAAGUUCACAAAUCUGGUGGAGUAUUGCAAGCGAAUGAAGGCGACAUUUUGGCCGUACUGGGAGGACUGCAUCACGGCGGACGGAACUAAAACUGCAACAAAAUGACACGAGAACUUAUUAAAUGGUCCUGAUGAACGUCAGUUGUUAAACCGGAAGUUAAUGAUGGUUCACGUUGCAUGAUCCUAACGUCGUUGUAAUCCUCUGAAGAAAAGAUGUCAGUCCAAAUAAAGAAUGCAUGAAGAUACCACACCAAACUAGAAUGCACACUAAACUGAUGUAAAUGACGUUUUAAAUUGCUGAUUAAUAAUGUGACGUCAUUAUUUUGAGUAAAGGUGAUUAUUUGCCAAAUGGGAUUUCUCUAUUGCAGUUUUUAACAUUUUGAAAAGAUUCAAUUAAAAUGAUGUCCCUCCCGUUGCCUGCAAAAACACUAACGAGUUAUUUGGUCUCUGCAUUUCAGACACAAGCAUGAUUUGUUUAGACGUGUGAGACAUGACGUUGACAUUCAUCAUCUGAUUCAACCUUAAACCUCAGGACGCGGUAGCAGCGUGGUUAAAGCGUUGACUCACCAUGCCGGAGGUCCGGGUUUGAUUCCCAACAUGGGGAAAUGUGUCCAAUAUGUUACCAGAAAGAUGUAAAUAAAUACGUGAUAUCGAAUAAAUUACCUACACCUGAAA